GAGAAACAAUGCGUGUCUAGUUAAUGAUUUAUGUCGUGUGGCACACAGUUUGAGGUUAUAAAAAAUUGCCUUGCGGGACGGCAGUUGUGUUUAAUGCAAGAUAAAUUGCAGUGCCAAUUACCAAUAUUUGUUGUGGUGUUAUUGGAACGAUAGAAAUGUUACCAUGUCAAAAGUCAACAGGGUUUUGCUACUUAAUAUGAGCUUUGUUUACACGAGUUACUAGCAAGGAAAACAAAAGAACAUCGGCUCUUCUACCAGCACGAUCUAAAUAGCUACUUCUACUUCCUAUAUGAUGGCAGAAAAUAAAUCGAUUGAAAUUUCUCUCAUGGACAGAUCAGGUGAUCAUGUCGAUGGACAAGUUGCAUCAUCUGAUAACACUAUUGAAGAAUAUAAUGUUUCUGAAAAUGACAAACAAAGAAAUGGAAAAUGGAGGAAGUUUUGGCGGAAGUAUUCCUUUCAAGUCAAAGCAGUACUGAUUGCUUCUGUGCUCCUAGCAUAUAGCAUCAUAGGCAUCUGUGUGACUGGUCUGGAUAACGUCAAAUCACUGUUUGCUAUCGCCAUGGUGAUGUGGUUCUUUGUGGUUUACAUGUUUAUGCGUGACCUCUUUGGUAAACGGAUUUACUCGCUUUGUUGUUCGCCGGUUGUCAAGUUUAGCAAAAAGAAGUGGAAGUGGCUCAGAUGGAUUUGCCUGAUUGUAGCAAUGACCUUGACAGGGCUGUGGGUGGCAUAUGACACAGUAAAGAAGCCACGGAAGUUGAUCUCCCUGUUGGGAAUGUUGAUCUUUAUCGCCAUCAGUUAUCUCAGCUCUGCCAACAGAAAAAAGAUUAAGUGGAGGCCGGUGUUAUGGGGUCUAGCGCUACAGUUCGCUUUUGCAUUGAUCAUCUUGAGAACAAGUCAUGGAUAUGAGGCGUUCAAGUUUCUUGGAGACAAGGUUACUGCAUUCCUUGAGUUCACCAAUGUGGGAUCUGCAUUUGUGUUUGGCGAGGACACAUAUCAGAAUCACAUGCUUGCUUUCAAGGUCCUUCCAGUCAUCAUCUUCUUCAGCUCCGUCAUCUCCGUGCUAUACCACCUUGGCAUCAUGCCUCUCGUCAUCUCUAAGAUUGCCUGGCUGAUGCAAAUCACCAUGGGAACCAGCGCUGUCGAGUCUCUUACCGCCGCAGGAAACAUCUUCGUCGGGCAGACAGAAGCACCCUUGAUGAUUCGUCCCUUUCUCGCGCACCUGACGAUAUCGGAGCUGCACGCCGUCAUGACGUGUGGACUAGCAACUGUGGCAGGAGGAAUGCUGGCCGUUUAUAUUUCAUACGGAAUCAAGGCUUCUCAUCUGAUGAGCGCAUCGGUCAUGUCCGCCCCUGCAGCUCUCGCAGUCUCUAAGCUUUUCCAACCUGAGACAGAGAUCCCCGAGACGCUGGAGCAAGACAAGAUACACGUGCCAGAGGAAGGAGAGAAGAACGUGAUUGAGGCUGCAGCCAAGGGAGCGUCUACCGCCAUCGCACUGAUCGCUAACGUCGCAGCCAUGCUUAUCGCAUUUUUCUCAUUCCUUGCAUUCUUUAAUGCCGUCCUGUCCUGGCUUGGGAGUAUGGUGGGAUACUCGGAACUCAGUUUUGAGACCAUCUGCUCCUAUGUGUUUAUGCCGCUCGCGUUUGUCAUGGGCGUGGAAUGGGCCGACUGUGGCCCGGUCGCCAAGUUCCUUGGCAUCAAGGUUUUCCUCAACGAGCUUAUCAGCUACAUAAACAUGUCUCCUUUUAUCAAGGACCGGGAUCUAAAAGACGGGAAUCCCCGGAUAUCGGUGCAGUCCGAGAUCAUCGCUACAUACGCGUUGUGCGGGUUUAGCAACUUCCUAGGGCUCGGAGUGCUGCUUGGGGGCCUGGGGCCGAUGGCACCAAAUAGGAGGGGGGACAUGGCCAAGCUAGCGAUAAGGAGCCUCGUGGCUGCCAACAUCGCGUGCUUUAUGACCGCAUCUAUCGCAGGUUUCCUGUAUGAUACAUCUCGAGAUUACGUAGCUUUGUUGCCUAGCAACUCGACGAUAACAAAUACCACUCUCUUCAACGCAACGAUGUCUCCAUAACUCACGACCCAGUCUCACGCGGUCAAAAACGAUCUUCAAGAUACUGUACCUUAUACGAUAUAUAUUAUAUCAAAGCGUAAAUAAAAAUAAAGGAACACAAUAACCGA